CUGACUCAUCUCAGAGCUCUUGGAGCUAGAUCCGGAAGAAAUGUCGCCGAUCUCCGAGAUGCUUGAUAGGAUGGAAUGCUGCAAAGCACGUGAGUCGCUGCGGUGCCGUCACAUCUCAGCUGUUUUCUCCAGCCUCCCGAGGUCUGUAUAAGCAUCUCCCUCACCGUUGCGACGACACCCCUUUGCGCUGCUCCAGGAGCUUCUCUUCGUGAUACCCCACAAACGGACAACCUCCAUUCCGACCUCUGAAUCUUUUUUUCGAUUCACCAAAAAAAUCAGUCACCAUGGUGCUUCUCGACCUGCUGACGUUGGGACUCUGGUCAAAGGUUGGACGUUUGACACACUAUGCUUUUGAUGCCGUUCUCCUCUCGGCUUUCCUCGCUGGCGUGAAGCGCUCGACCGGCUUGACCUUCAAGAGCGACAAGGUUGCCGGCGAAAACAAGGAAGUCUCCAAAUGGAUCGACAAGUAUCUCGGCGUCGGCGAGUGGGUGAUGGAUCAGUCUGUCGCCAUUGCCGGGUCCAGCGGCUUCUUUGAGCGCAAGCGAUGAUUCUCAUAAACCGAUCACACCACCUCUGUUUCGGAGGUGCCAAACGUCGAAUAUCGAGCUGGUAGCAUCGCAGCAAUGGGUAGUUCCGAGCUAUUCAUUUCAAAACCAGGACUGAUGCUAUGAGAGCUUUCGG